AUGUCGUUCGCCCUCCUCGAAGACGACGAUGAGGUGUUCUCAGCGGUUCUCGCGCUGCUCGACGAGUCGAUAACGGCACCUGAAGCGUCAACAUCUUCGACCGCAUCGUCAGCUCCCGAUCCGGUAGUCGUUCAUUGUAUGUCUUCUCCGCUCACGACGCGGGCCGCCUUUGAUGCUGCGCGUCCCGUGACGUACAACUCGAGCAGACAUCGCAACGGCGCACGCGAAUUGCGUCGUCAGGAGGUGCAGUUCCUACGUACAAAGGUCACGGAGCUGGAGACGCAGCUCCGUGCACUGCAACAAGCGGCACAAGAGCGGGCGCAGGUCACCCAAGUUCAAGUGGGGCGAAACGACGGGGAGGUGUCGUCAGUUUUGAUCAAUGUAUGGAAAGACCUGGCAACGCGGCAAUUGGACCAACGGCUGGCCUCGGAGCGGGAACAUAGACGGCUCAAGAGUGCAGUGGCCGACCAGAAGACCUUGCGUCAGAUGCUGCAACGAGCAUUGAACACAAGAGUGGCACGACGUGUGAUCGAUGCUAGUUUGCUGCAAGAGAAACGAUCCAGACGCGUGCACAACGUGGCGUUAGAAUCCGCGGACCAGGAGCUGUUCGCAGAAUUGAGAGCUGGCGUGGAUUUAGUGUACCACGAAGCAGCAACAGUCUUUUUCCAAGUGGGCGCUGGAGAUGUGUCGUCUCCGGGCGUGUUUGGCGAGAAGACGCUGCCAUUUGAUCUAUGCACGACGGCAGAUGCUGCAUGGAGGUGUUUAGCACACUCGUUUCACCAUGAAAAGUGUACGUUUUCGUUCAGCAGAGGAAACGAUUGGAGCGAAUUGGCCCAUGACACGACUGUCGGGGAAAGCUUUGGUGUGGAAAUUACAGUUGCGGAAAAGACGGCAGACUUUCGAAUCAAGCAAGUAUUUCGACGAUAUGUGGAGUCAGAUCGCAGCGUGAUUGCGUGGAGGUCGUACAUUGACCCAGCAAAGUUUAGAGACCAGAAAAUCGAGGGCGUUCGCUUUCAGGAAAAAGGAUCGAUCGAAAUUCGCAAGUUGUCGACAUUACAGCCUCCUGGUACCGAGUUCACGCGAUUAUGUACCUGGCAUAUCAUCACACCGGAGACGCUAACUAGCACGGAAAGGUCUCCGCUUCAGUUUGUACAGGAACUCACAAACUUUGUGCUAGGCGGAUCAUCGUCUGCGGGCACUGUCCAGAUGAUUGAGAACAUGCUGAUGGAGCAGUCUAGAAGUAGGAGUACUAGUUGCGUUGUAUAA